UCCAGGCCAGCAGCUAGCUCCGGUGCUCGGCUCCUCUCCUUAUAUACGCUCACGCACCCACCGAAGCACCUGAUACCUAGCUGCCUGCGGCUCGUCGCCAUCGCCUACUAGCUUAGUAGCUAGGACGACGGAUCGGACACAACCUGCUUCUGCGGCGGCGGCGGUGAGAGGAGAGCACGGACUCUACUAGAUCGCAGGUCGGCCGUGUUGCUUGCUGCGGGGUGAGGUAUAUGGCGUCGUCGACAGCGGUGGCGGCGGGGGACGACGCGGUCGGGACGCGGAAGGGUGGUACCGGUGGCGGUGGGGGCACGGCGCCGCCUCCGGCUACCCAGCAGCAGCAGCAGCCCCCGCCCCCGCCGCCGGAGCAGGGGCUCAGGUGCCCGCGCUGCGACUCGUCCAACACCAAGUUCUGCUACUACAACAACUACAGCCUCUCGCAGCCGCGCCACUUCUGCAAGACGUGCCGCAGGUACUGGACCAAGGGCGGCGCGCUCCGCAACGUGCCCGUCGGCGGGGGCUGCCGCAAGAACAAGCGCUCGCGCUCCGCGGUCGCCGCAGCCGCUGCGGCGGCGGCCGCCUCCUCGCGCCUCUCGCUCAACCUGCCGGUCGAGGGCGGCGUCGGCGACCAGCAGGCAGCGGCGAGGCUCGGGUUCCUUGGCGCCGGCGGCGCUCCGGUGGCGUCGUCGCCGAUCGGCGGCGCCCCCGCGGCCGACUACCAGCAGGCAGCAGGCGCCGUCGGGAUGAUGGCGCUGCCGCGGCUCCACGCCGCCCAGGCCGUCGGUCAGUACGUGCCGUUCGGGGAGUGGCCGUCGGGGGCCGGCGGGGACGUUUCCGGCGGCGGAGGCGGCCACGCGAUGAACGACCACGCCGGGGCGGUGAGCAGCAGCAUCGCGUCGUCCAUCGAGUCGCUGAGCUUCAUCAACCAGGACCUCCACUGGAAGCUCCAGCAGCAGCGGCUGGCCACCAUGUUCCUUGGCCCGCCGCCGCCGCCUACCUCCGCAGCUGCGCACGUCGACGGCGCCCCCGCAUCAGCGGCCCACAUCGGCGGCGCCUUCCUGCAGAUGGCGGGGCCGCCGCCCGGCAUGGAGUCGACCAUGCCGGCGGCGACGUCGUGGUUCAUGGACAGCUCCUACGGCGUGCUCCCUUCCCCGACCGCGCACGCUAAUAACGCGGCCGCCGCCACCGCCAUCUGCAACGUCGCCGUCAGCAGCGGCCGGAGUAGCGGCGACGACGACAGCGGCACCAACUGCGGCAGCGCGAUCCCGUCGUGGGGCGACAUGUCGACGUUCGCGAUGCUGCCAUAAUUAAGCUCGCUUAGCUUCUCUAGCACCACCUGAUCGAUCAAUGGCGCACGAGCAAGGAAGGGCUCCAAUUUGGGAGGGCUGAUUCCGAAGGAAUUGAGCUAGCAGAGCUUGCAUGAAUCGCCACUUUGUUCUAUAUGUUGAUUUAACUAGCUGUCCAUCUCUAACUUCAUA